AAAGUCGCUGGCUUCCAGUUUCCUCCAGUGUGCCCACGCCCUACCUGGGGCGCCGGGCGCUGUCUCCGCCCCCCCCCCCCCAACCUGGCUGACCUGGUAGACAGCCUCGCAAGAGCCGGUACCCACAGCCGGCAGCCAGCAGCCGCGGUGGUCUGGAAGAAAGAAAUCCGGCGGCGGGGGAGAGAAUCCCGCCUGUCUUUAUCAGGCGAGGCUCAGUGCCCCGCCCCCCUCCGCCAGAUUUCGCCCCGAAGGAGCCGCCUGGCUCCCGCCCCCGACCCGCCCGCCGCUUGGAGCGUCUGGGAACCGGCCGAAGGAGCCGACCUGCCGCGAUGGAGACGCCCGGCACCUGGGCGCUGCUGCUGGUGCUGCUGCUGCUGGUGCUGCUUACGCUGGCGCUGCCCCGAACCCGAGGCCACCUGCCCCCCGGGCCCACGCCACUGCCGCUGCUGGGGAACCUCCUGCAGCUCCGGCCCGGGGCGCUGUACCCGGGGCUCUUGCGGCUGAGUAAGAAGUAUGGACCCGUGUUCACCGUGUAUCUGGGACCCUGGCGGCGUGUGGUGGUCCUGGUGGGGCACGAGGCCGUGCAGGAGGCCCUGGAAGGUCAGGCUGAGGCGUUCAGUGGGCGGGGCAUGUUGGCGACCCUGGACGGGAGCUUUGACGGCCACGGGGUGUUCUUUUCCAAUGGGGAGCGGUGGCGGCAGCUGCGGAGAUGUACCAUGCUGGCCCUGCGGGACCUGGGCAUGGGGAAGAGAGAAGGCGAGGAGCUGAUUCAGGCGGAGGCCCAGUGUCUGGUGGAGGCAUUCCAGGGCAUGGAAGGACGGCCAUUUGACCCCUCCCUACUGCUGGCUCAGGCCACUUCCAACAUCAUCUGCUCCCUCACCUUCGGCCUCCGCUUCCCCUACGAGGACGAGGACUUCCAGGCCCUGGUCCGGGCAGCUGGUGGCACCGUGCUGGGGGUCAGCUCCCGGUGGGGCCAGACCUAUGAGAUGUUCUCCCGGCUCCUGAAGCGCCUGCCGGGCCCCCACACACAGCUCCUGGGCCACCUGAGCGUCCUGGCCACCUUCGCCGUCCAGCAGGUGCAGCGACACAAGGAGAGCCUGGACAGCUCAGCCCCACCAUGCGAUGUGGUGGAUGCAUUCCUGCUAAAGAUGGCAAAGGAGCAGCAUGACCCAAGCACAGAACUGACUGACAAGAACUUGCUGAUGACAGUCAUUUAUCUGCUGUUCGCCGGGACGGUCACGGUCAGCACCACGGUCCGCUAUACCCUCUUGCUUCUGCUGAAGUACCCUCGGGUCCAAGAGCGUGUGCGGGAGGAGCUGAUCCGGGAGCUGGGGGCCAGCCGCACACCAGGCCUCGGAGACCGAGCCCGCCUCCCCUACACCGAUGCCGUUUUGCACGAGGCGCAGCGGCUGCUGGCUCUGGUGCCCAUGGGAGUGCCCCGCGCCCUCACAAGGACAACCUGCUUCCGAGGGUACACCCUGCCUCAGGGCACUGAGGUCUUCCCCCUCCUUGGCUCUGUCCUGCGUGAUCCUGAGGUCUUUGAACAGCCAGAGGAAUUCAGCCCAGACCGAUUCCUCGAUGCGGAUGGACGGUUCCAGAAGCAGGAGGCAUUCUUGCCCUUCUCCUUGGGCCUUCUCCCUGGACAGCCCAUGCCCACCGGGGGCCCUGAGCCUCCAGCCAGCUGUCAGCGGCCUUUUCAACAUCCCCCCAGCCUUCCAGCUGCAAGUCCGGCCCCACUAACCUCCCAGCACUGUAUGGACCAGAUGAGGAGGGAGAGAGCUGUGGGAAGUGGGGGCCUCCUCAUGCUGGUGGGCGUGAACAUGGUUGUGUCUCCAGAGCCACAAGUCUACACCCCAGGCAGACACACACAUACACCUAUAGGUGUUCUAGAGUCUGCCACGCGGGUACUCGGCCUACAAAUCCUCAGGACUCCGCUUGCUCGCUCGGCCCAGGUGGCUGCUGAGACACGCAGCCACAAGGGCCACGAGGGCCACAGGGCAACUCUGCCACACAGGCUUUCUAUAGACAUAGAUUUAGUUCGUCUGGAAUCAUGAUCACCGUCCCAGAUAACACACCCUCUCGUCCAAACACAGCCCCCCUGGGUUCACAGCCCAGGUGCAGAGUUCAGCCCCUCCCCUCACAAGGCACCAAAACAGCCAUGGUGUUCAGGGCCCACAAGCCCUCUUCACCCCGCCUCCUGGCAAUUCUGGGAGCCUGGUACAGAGGUGAACAUCCCCCUUCCUGGAUCAUGUCCGUGCACAGAGAGACCGUCCCUGUCUUCAGCUCCGACGUGCCCUCUCUCGUGCACGCAUGCCAUGAUCCAGGCACGUGACCGUCGCCAUCCGCAUGCCCCCAACCACUGAACCACACAGCCAGCACACAUAUGACACCAGACACACCAUUCCCGGGAAGGGGGGAGGGCACAGCCCCAGCUUCUUCCAGGCCUUCAGCUCUCAAAGACACCCCUUUCCAAGCACCUUGAUCCUCAAAUCCUCCCAAAUAUAACUACACACUCAGCGUGCAUUUGCACACAUAGCCCUGGGAAACAAGUAAACUUGGACACACGCACACACACACACACACACACACACACAAGACCCUCCAAUCAGAGAAACACCUCCCCCUCCCGCUUAUGUAACUUUGUUAAAGGCGUCCCCAACCUGACCCCCCCCACACACACACAGUACCCUGGCCCACCUCCCGUCCCCAAGUCCCAGUUAGACCUGGUGG